UAGUAGGGUUUCCACCUCCAGGCAAGCCGCCGCUCAGAUGGCCAGAUCCAAUCCCCACCUUCUCUCCUCCGCCGCUCCGCGUCCACUCUCCCCGAUCCCCACCUUCCAGAUCUCUCCAUGGACUCGUUCUCCGCCCAAGAGUUGCUCAAGAUCCCUCCGCCUAUCUCUCUCCACUCCGAUUAUGAUCCGGGCUCUCCUCCUGGGUCGAUCCUCCUCGACCCGUACGGCUACCUCAGCUCUCGCACCAACGGCACCACCGCCGGGGCCUUCACGAGGGACGGCCGUGCCAUCCUGGUCACCUUCUGGGUCGCCAGCCCGCCGCGCGCCUCCUACUUCACUUUCGAUUGCUGCGACUUCCAGCCCUCCAUGAACGGCAACUUGCCCAAGGCCGUCUACUCGGAGGACGACCUCGUCCUGUUCCGUUUUCCCAUCGUCACCAUCAGCCGUCGAGACGAAGACCAAUGUCCCCUCGACAGCGAGGACAACCACUACUUCGUCUACCAGGCCGGCACCAAGAACAGGCUGCCGUCACUUCAUCUGGUACUCGUCCCGCACCACGUAGAGUUCCGUGACCGCGGCGCUGUGCUUCUGCGUUGCCGCGACCAAGAUAUGUUCUACCUCGCCCUGCUUCACAGGGUCUACGGUUUUAAUUACGACGACGAGCAGUAUGAUCUCCACCUGUAUAACUCCAAGACAGGAGGAUGGAACACCAAGUUGACGCAUAUCGAUUAUUCACCGAAAGAGUAUUUCGAAUUUGCAUAUCCAAACGCUGCGCUUACCAUAGGAGGUGAGUCAGGUUCAGUGGCCUGGGUCAACCUCUGGCGGGGCAUCCUUAUCUGUCACCUUCUUCUCCCGGACAACCAUAUUCUUCGCUACAUCCCACUACCGGUGCCCAAGCCGCCCGGGGGUUUUGCCCCCUAUUCUCGGAACAUGAUGGUUUUUGGAGAUCACAUCAAGUUUUUGGAGAUGGUCAGAUCAAGCUGUGACUCUGGACGCACCUGUGGCACUCAAGAUUUGGUGGCUGCAAGAAAGAAAAUGAAAAUUUCAGACAUUGGUUCUGGGAACAUCUGGGAGGAGGACUGUGCUGUCAAUAUUUCUGAGAUCCCAGUGGAGAGCCUGGAGUUUGCCCAAAUGCUGCCUGGUCUGAAACAGGUUACAGAUACAAAGGUAACCUUGAAGAGACUCCACGCAGGUUACCCUGCCCUGAGCUUCCAGGAUGCUGAUGUUGUUUACAUCAUGCAAACACCUGCCUCCGAUGAGGACAAGGCAGUGAUGAUUGCAGUUGAUAUGAAGAACAAGACUAUAAAAGAUGUGGCUUAUUUUGGCUCUGGAAGGUAUAUUGGUUACCAUCACACCUACCUUCAAAGUGGGAUCUCCAAAUAUAUGGACAUUUGGUCCUCCUCCAGAUCUUGGGAGAAAGCUGAUGCAACAAGCGAGGACCAUCUAUCAAGCUAAAUUUUGGGACCAUCCAUCAUGCUAGAAGCAGCCUAACUCUGAACUUGGAAGCAACAAGACAUGACCGUCAAGCACAAAAGACACUUGUUAGCAUGGUGGGUGACUAAAUUGGUCUGCAAAUAAAGCAUUCUCCCUACUUGGUCUGCAAGCCUCACCCGAGAUGUCUAUGCGGUGUUGCAUUAUUGGACUUGUAUUAACUUAGCUUGCAUUGUGUCAACUAUUUUAUUCAGACUAUAUUGGACUUGUAUUGGUCGUCGAGUACCAUGUCGUAUGCUAGCUAUGUGAGGACUGUUAUUUUGUGGAUGAAUGGCCAUUGUUAUAUGUUCAGGAUUUAAGGAGGGUCCCUGCAGAUCCCUCCCAGCCUCUCUUUGGGUGUGUGGAGAAAAUUGAAUAUUUUUACCUU